AUGUACGUCCAAGGUCGUCGAGCCAACGCACGACUUCCUCCCGAGGUGAAUCGCGUACUAUACGUGCGCAAUCUGCCCUUCAAGAUCUCGGCCGAGGAACUCUACGACAUCUUUGGCAAGUACGGGGCGAUUCGACAAGUCCGUCUGGGCGUGAACAACGACACGAGGGGGACGGCGUUUGUGGUCUACGAGGACAUUUAUGACGCCAAGAACGCAGUGGACCACUUGUCCGGCUUUAACGUCUGCGGCCGCUACCUCAUUGUGCUCUACUACCAGGCCAACAAGAUGCAGCAGCGCAAGGGCGCGGGUGUGGACCUCGACAAGCAGAAGCAGGAGCUCCAGGACUUGAAGAACAAAUACGGCGUUGAGUGA